CCCCUGCCGCGCCAGAGCGAGGCUGGGCGUGCGGCGUCACGGCGACGGCCUCAAGCCGCGCCCCGGCAGAGGCAGCGAGAGGCAGCGCAGCGGAGAGGAGCUGGGCGGCGGGCGGAGCGCAGCGGGCUCGGCCGGCGAGGCGGCGGGGAGCGGAGGCGCUGUCCGGUAUUGAGGGUGAUUUAUCUCUUGCAUCAUGCGUGAAUACAAGCUAGUGGUUCUUGGUUCUGGAGGUGUUGGAAAGUCUGCUCUGACUGUACAGUUUGUUCAAGGAAUAUUUGUCGAAAAAUACGAUCCCACGAUAGAAGACUCCUACAGAAAGCAAGUUGAAGUAGAUGCACAACAGUGUAUGCUUGAAAUCUUAGAUACUGCAGGAACGGAACAGUUUACAGCAAUGAGAGACCUAUACAUGAAAAAUGGACAAGGUUUUGCAUUAGUAUAUUCCAUCACAGCACAGUCCACGUUUAAUGAUUUACAGGAUCUCAGAGAACAGAUUCUUCGAGUCAAAGACACUGAUGAUGUGCCUAUGAUUCUGGUUGGCAAUAAGUGUGACUUGGAAGACGAGAGAGUUGUGGGAAAGGAACAAGGUCAGAACCUAGCAAGGCAAUGGAAUAACUGUGCAUUCUUAGAGUCUUCUGCAAAAUCAAAGAUAAAUGUUAAUGAGAUCUUUUAUGACCUUGUGCGACAAAUUAACAGAAAAACUCCAGUGCCUGGAAAAGCACGCAAAAAGUCAUCGUGUCUGCUACUUUAAUACAUAGCUGUACUGUAGCUCUGAGCCAGGUCUGAAGAACUGUUGCCCAAUUCAACAGUGCCAGCAUUCCAACUUUAUUAAACCUACCAACAUCUUAAAUGGACUUUCCUGUGGUGGUACCCUUUAAGAAAUGGAUGAAAGCUACUACAUCAGUUUGCACAUUCUAAUCACUUUCCAGUGUCACGAGAGAUUUUUACUUAUAAAUAUUCUAAGUGUAUGCAACUGGUAAAACCAGAGCCUACAUCCAGUAUUACUGAUAAGAGACAUUGUUCAUCAACCAAUGUUGUACAUGUAUGAAAACUGUGUACUGUAUACUUCAACAAUCCCCACUUUCUAUUGGAGAGUACAAUAAUGUAAAUCCUAAAAGCACCACUAUUUUAGCAUAAUAAAAGAAAGUCCAAAGAGCUCCUAUAUAGACUACUCCAGAUAACUUUGCUUCAUCGGUAUUUGUAGCUUAUUGUAACUUUUUUAAAGAAAUACAGGAUCAUCAUCAUCAUCGUAUUGUACAAAAGCGCUUUGAUUAACACAACAGCUAUAUAGUUUUUUAAUUUUAGGAAAAACCUGUGGAGACAGUGAUCUAGUCUUUAAGAGUCCUUUCAGUAUAACGUCUGACUAAAGACAUGGCCUUUAAUAUCUGUUGGGAAGGAAAUGUCCAGACUUUUCAACCUUUUAUUGUAUGUUUCCUUUUCCUUGUUUACAUAGGGAACAAUGUUUAUAGUUGUGUGUACAGUGGGGGUCUACAACAAGAAGUGUAUAUUUUAAAACGAUUUUUUAAUGAUUUAACAAUUUUUUGUAAAUCAUUCUUGGGCUUCUGCAGCUGUAGAUUCUCACUGUGAAUUCCCUUGCUUGCUCAUGCAUAAGUGUAUUUGCAAUACCAAAUAUACAGGUUUAGUAAUUUUGCCUGUUAGUGAUUGUUUUACAUGUGUAACGUUUUGGUUGAGAUGUUAAAUGGUGGAAGAGUACUGUGGAUGUGAAUGUGGGAAGUAAUUUUAAUCAUGUGUAAUUGGUCACAGGGCCUAAGUUGCAGUAAUUAACUUUUGCUGAUUUAUUUAACAAUGCCUUGUUGCUUUGUAUGCAUUAACGUUUGGGUGUAAAGAUUGUGUGUAUAUCCAACAGGGAGCCACAGUAUUUAAAUUGACCAACCUAAUGUUACAACUGCUUUGAGGUGGCCAAAUGUAAACUAAAAGCCUUAAUUAAAGUGGUGCAAUUUUGUAUGACUUAGCAUCAGUAGUUCAAUAAAUUUGGAUUGCCAUGCAAGGGCUUGCAUUACA